CGCUUCCGUCUGAUCCCAUCCAGCCUUACAACCGCUCAUCUAUCCCUUCCCAGAACGCGAGGCCGUGUCAACAGGAAAACUCGAUUUCAGCCUUGCCCAUCAUCCCAUACAAAAACAGAACGAGAACCUCGCUGGUCGUGGUUCAUUGACCUUCACCGACGCAGUCAUCGUAACCAUCACCUUGAAGACGGCCAUAGAACUAUCCCAGCCGAGUGUUCUUUCGCAGCUUUAAAAUGCCUGCCCUUCUCUCAGUUCUCGGUCUUGGUUCUCCAAGGAACCACCAGUCCUCUCACUACCUCGACAACAACACGAACCCGGAUAUCCUUGCCGAAAAACUAGACACCAUGGGUAGCGCAAACAUCACCAAGGCGCAAAUGAUCGCUCUAAGCAUUCUCGAUACACACAAGCAACUCAAGAAGCUACCGACCUACCAACCAGGAGAAGAAAUCAACCGCUUACUGGGGAACCUCGUCCACACAUGUGUCCAGAUCCACCCUCCAAGCGUAAUCCAGCAGAUCCUCGACUUCCCCGGCCUCCAACAAACGCUCCCCUCGCUACGCACCAUCUGCUCCGAAGCCGAAGCCUGUCUCGAGACCCACUGGGCCGAGCGUGCCCUCGCGCUUGCCGACCAAGGCCACGAAACCGUCCUCAAGGCUCUCCAAAUUGACUUUCCUUAUUUCCAAAACUACAUUGACCUCGCGCGCCUCGAACUUUCCGCCAUUCGCGCCGCUUUACCUCCCAACAAUACCGCACCCCUCAAGAAAAUCACCUUCAUCGGCUCCGGUCCACUUCCGCUUACUUCGUGGUGUCUCCUCGAUGAGAUCCGCAAGACUGCCGGUCAAAACGACACGAUCCCAAUAAUCUGCAACGUCGACAUGUCGUCCACCGCUAUUGACCUAUCUUCUCAGGUCAAUAGUGCAUUGGGUCCCUGGGUCAAGGGGAUGGAGUUUCUCUGCGGCGAGGCCGGGUCUCCGGCUAUUAGCCUUGAGGAUUCUGAUGUUGUCUACGUCGCUGCGCUGGUUGGGAUGUCACAGAAAGAUAAAGAGGAGAUUUUCCUGAAGGUCGUCAGGACCAUGAGGCCUGGUGCGCUGCUGGUGGUGAGGAGCGCAUGGGGACUGAGGACCUGUUUGUACCCGGAGGUGAACGUCACGACGGAGAGGCUGUUGGGGGUGUUGGAGUGUUGUGCCGUGGUGCAUCCGUUUACGGAUGUGGUGAAUAGUGUGGUUGUUGCUAGGGUUAGGGGUUGAGGUUUGAGGCAUCAGAAAAGAAGACAUGGGGCAAAUCGGUGACCAGCGAGGAAUGAGCGAAAAGAUGUUUGAGCAAAGAAAUCAAAAAGGUCGGCGGACGGGGCCGGUUGGAAAGGGGAAAAGAAAAGAAAAAAGGGGUGGUUUUCGUGAUUCAAAAGUCGCAAGAAAGCUAAGAAUACAUUAAUGACUUCAGAACAUGGAGUUCCUCUGGUUGUUUGGAGUGAAAGAGGUAUGUCUUUGGGUGAACUUCUCCCCGAAAUAGUUCACGCAGGGCCAGGCAGGCUCAGGGAGGA